AUGAUUGUGACGAUUGUUGGGGUGGUGAAGGUGGUAGUUGUGGUAGUUAGUGACUGUGGUAGUGACGAUGGGGAUAGUGGUCGUGGUGAAGGUAGUAGUGGUAGCACAGUCGAACUAGACACAGUCGAACUAGACACAGUCGAACUGAAGACAGUCGAACUAGACACAGUCGAACUGAAGACAGUCGAACUAGACACAGUCGAACUGAAGGCAGUCGAACUAGACACAGUCGAACUGAAGACAGUCGAACUAGACACAGUCGAACUGAAGACAGUCGAACUAGACACAGUCGAACUAGACACAGUCGAACUGAAGACAGUCGAACUAGACACAGUCGAACUGAAGACAGUCGAACUGGACACAGUCGAACUGGACACAGUCGAACUGAAGACAGUCGAACUAGACACAGUCGAACUGAAGACAGUCGAACUGGACACAGUCGAACUGAAGACAGUCGAACUGGACACAGUCGAACUGAAGACAGUCGAACUAGACACAGUCGAACUAGACACAGUCGAACUGGACACAGUCGAACUGAAGACAGUCGAACUAGACACAGUCGAACUAGACACAGUCGAACUGAAGACAGUCGAACUAGACACAGUCGAACUAGACACAGUCGAACUAGACACAGUCGAACUGAAGACAGUCGAACUAGACACAGUCGAACUGAAGACAGUCGAACUGGACACAGUCGAACUGAAGACAGUCGAACUGGACACAGUCGAACUGAAGACAGUCGAACUAGACACAGUCGAACUAGACACAGUCGAACUGAAGACAGUCGAACUAGACACAGUCGAACUAGACACAGUCGAACUAGACACAGUCGAACUGAAGACAGUCGAACUAGACACAGUCGAACUGAAGACAGUCGAACUAGACACAGUCGAACUAGACACAGUCGAACUGAAGACAGUCGAACUAGACACAGUCGAACUAGACACAGUCGAACUAGACACAGUCGAACUGAAGACAGUCGAACUAGACACAGUCGAACUAGACACAGUCGAACUGAAGACAGUCGAACUAGACACAGUCGAACUAGACACAGUCGAACUAGACACAGUCGAACUGAAGACAGUCGAACUAGACACAGUCGAACUAGACACAGUCGAACUAGACACAGUCGAACUAGACACAGUCGAACUAGACACAGUCGAACUAGACACAGUCGAACUAGACACAGUCGAACUAGACACAGUCGAACUGAAGACAGUCGAACUAGACACAGUCGAACUGAAGACAGUCGAACUAGACACAGUCGAACUGGACACAGUCGAACUGAAGACAGUCGAACUAGACACAGUCGAACUAGACACAGUCGAACUAGACACAGUCGAACUAGACACAGUCGAACUGAAGACAGUCGAACUAGACACAGUCGAACUAGACACAGUCGAACUGAAGACAGUCGAACUAGACACAGUCGAACUGAAGACAGUCGAACUAGACACAGUCGAACUGGACACAGUCGAACUGGACACAGUCGAACUGGACACAGUCGAACUGAAGACAGUCGAACUAGACACAGUCGAACUAGACACAGUCGAACUGAAGACAGUCGAACUAGACACAGUCGAACUGAAGACAGUCGAACUAGACACAGUCGAACUAGACACAGUCGAACUAGACACAGUCGAACUAGACUCUAAAAUUCCGCGGACUGUGGCGCGGGCGUCGUGGGCGGCGUGGGUGCUGUGGGCGGUGUGGGUUCUGGUCCUGGUGGGUGGCGUGGGCGGCGCUGCUCCCAAUAGAGAAACAGGACAGCUUCCGGACAUCCCCAUGGCGUCGUCGGCGGAGCGGCUUGAGUGGCGUUCCCGCCGCCUGAAGGGUUCGAAAUCAUUGCGCUUAGGGUUGUAG